GUAACCUGUAACCAGUGGCAGGUACACAUUUUUUUAAUUUUCUAACCAAAUUCAAUAAUGUUAUCUCGUUUUCCACGACUCUGAAUAUAUCUCUGUCUCUUCCUUUCUCUCUUUCCUUGUACCAUCUUCAACCAUUCCCUUCAUUUUCUUCUUCUCCUCCUUUUCUUUUCAAUAUUGAAGCUGAGAAUCAAAGAAUUUUCGAACCCAUAUAGAUUAUUCAGUGGAAGAUUCAGUUGAAAAGAAAAAAGGGUAAAGAUAGCUUGUAAAAUGUUGUGGACUUCACUGGGGUUUUUUCUCUGAUAUGACCUAGCAGUAGUGUCAGGUCUCUUCUCCUAAGAAAUUCAUUGUUUUCACCUGCUUGACUGGAUUUGGUCGAUCUGCCCUCUUGGAUUGAUUCAGAACUAUUGUGAUCAUACUCCAUGAGUAACCUCAAGCUUGGGGUUGAAGUUGUUGGUGCCCACAAUCUCCUGUCUAAAGAUGGGAAAGGCUCAUCUAGUCCCUUUGUAGAGCUUCACUUUGAUGGCCAAAAGUUUCGCACCACAAUCAAAGAAAAAGAUCUGGACCCUUAUUGGAAUGAAACUUUCUAUUUCAACAUUUCUGAUCCUAAUGACUUGACAAGCCUCACAUUUGAAGCUCUUGUUUACAGCAAUAACAAAUCAAGCAAUUCUAAAUCAUCUCUUGGGAAGGUUAAGAUCAAUGGAUCGUCCUUUGUUCCAUACUCUGAUGCUGUUCUAGGCUUUCUCUCCCGUGCUAGGGGAGAGCUUAGCUUGAAAGUCUUUAUAACUGAUGAUCCAUCAGUUAGAGUAUCAAACGUGUUUCCUGCAGUGGAUUCUUCAACACAUAUCAGUUCCCUUUCAAGCCUAAGUGAUGAACCUACACAACAAAUUCCGGAUUUAACACCUGAACCAGUUGCUAAUGGUAGAAAAGGGUCUAGACGCACAUUCCACCACCUGCCAAACUCGAAGCAUCAACAACAAGAGCCGUAUUCUUCCUUUGCAGAUUCCCGUCAACCAACAAGAUUUGGGGCUGAUCAGAUGAAAUCUACCUCUCAGGGGCCAAAACUAGUGAGGAUGUACUCAGGUUCAUCUUCACAGCCAGUGGAAUAUUCACUGAAAGAGACAAGCCCUUUCCUUGGAGGAGGGCGUAUAGUUGGGGGCCGAGUUAUUCGAGGUGGCAGGCCAUCCAGCACAUAUGAUCUUGUUGAGCCUAUGCAAUUCCUGUUUGUAAGAGUUGUGAAAGCACGAGAUCUGCCUUCUAAAGAUCUCACGGGAAGUCUUGACCCUUAUGUUGAAGUAAGAGUUGGGAACUACAAAGGAGUCACACAGCACUUCGAGAAGAAUCAAGAUCCAGAAUGGAAUACAGUUUUUGCUUUUGCUAAAGAAAGAAUGCAGUCUUCUGUUCUGGAUGUUGUGGUUAAGGAUAAGGAUAUGAUAAAAGAUGACUUUGUUGGGAUUGUUCGAGUUGAUCUGCAUGAAGUUCCAACCCGAGUU